AUGUCCAACCAAAGACAAGCCUCAUCAGCUUCGCAAACCCCGCACCUGUCCCCCGCCGAGCUCUCCUACCUCUACACCUCACUCUCGCUCCCAAGAGCGCCCAUCCGCCCUGAUGGCCGCUCACCGACACAGUUCCGACCGCUGAGUGCUGAGUCAAACAUUCUCCCUGGCACAAAUGGAAGCGCCCGGAUUGGGUUUGCGGACGGGACGCAGGCGAUCGUCGGCGUGAAGGCGGAGGUUGAGAGGACGAAUCUGGCGACUGAUACGCUUGCCUCGCAGAGCGAUGUUAACGACUCGGAGGAACAUCAAGGAUCGGCUGCUGUGUCGGGUCAUGGGUCCUGGGUACAGAUGUCUAUUGAAAUCCCCGGGUUCCGGGACGACGAUGCGCUGCCUGUUUUUCUAUCGGAGAUGAUGCGUGAGUCGUUGGUUGGUUCUGUUACGGAGGGAAGUGGGAAGGCCGAUGCGGCCGAUGCGGCCGAGAUGGCUGGUGGAUUGAAGGGUCGAUUGGUCAUUAAUAAACGGUGGCAUUGGCGAUUGUAUAUUGAUGUUCUGCUCCUGUCCCAACCGCUGUCAUAUCCGCUUCCCCUGCUGUCUUUGACAACACAUCUUGCACUUUUGUCGACCAAGCUUCCCAAGUUGAAGUCGCAAGGUGAAGAAGAUCCCUUCUUCGACGAUGACUGGGCUGUUGCAGAAUACCUUUACCCGCGCAUCUCGAGCCAGAAAACCAAGCUUCCUUCACAAUAUGUUCGCCCACCAGUGACUCUGCUUGUAAUUUCCGUCGGCGAAAAUGUCAUUUUCGACCCAAACAGAGAAGAAAUUGCUGUUGCGGACGCCGUCCUCGCCAUCUCCUUGACGCGCGAUAGCGAAGCUGGUAGCUUGAAGCUUCUUUCUAUUCGCACCAUCGACCCGCCUUCCCGUCUUACCCAACCCGCUGUGCCUAACUCUGAGAAUGUCAAUAUGCUUGGUGCCCCUGCCCCGACGGAAGAUAUCGCGGUUCUGAACCCGGUUACAGGCGAAGAGGAGGUUCCGGGCGUGUGGCGCCCUCGACGUGGUGGUAUCAAGCGCAGCGUGAUUGCGAAUAUGGUUCAGACCGUGCUGAAGAAGGGUGGUGUUGGUGAGGAUGUGUUGGAGGGAUUGGAGGGUGUUGAGGUGGAGUGA